AAUGACAGGUCGUUGGCACAAAUGAUUUUUAGUUCAAUAUUCUUCCGCCUGGCGCUGGUCUUUUUCCGGUCCAGUCUUUUCCUAAGUUGCACGAUUAUCGGGCAAGAUGACUGAAGGCACAGCUACCAUCAGAACUAGAAAGUUCAUGACCAACCGGCUCCUAUGCCGUAAACAAAUGGUUGUGGAUGUAGUUCACCCCGGCCAGCCGUCAGUUCGCAAAACCGACAUUCGCGAGAAGCUCGCUAAAAUCUACAAAGUCACCCCAGAUGUUGUUUUUGUAUUUGGAUUCCGUACAAACUUCGGUGGUGGCAAAUCAACGGGAAGAAGUAAAAAGAAAAAAUGGAAUAAGUAUCAUCGAGCUUCGAUGGAGGAUGGUCUCAUUUUAAUUUGUUAUUCGUCAGCAUGUCAACGUCUUACAUAAACUGGGAUAUCAUUUGCUCUAUUUCCUUGGAUAAUUUUGUUCAAUUGUUGAUUUUUAUUGGGUUAACGUAAUUUUAUGGUUUAAGGUUUCUUUUUUCGUAUCUAUAAAACGCUUUUUUCGUCAUUGUCGCAUGAAAAAUUUUCACUCGAAUGGUCAUUUCAUCCAUUGGUGUAGGAAAAAAAUUUCAUUUAUGGUUAAAUAUUUGAAAUAUGGCUUUGCAUGAGGGAAAAAUAGGUGUUGGGAUUUACAAUUCGGCUUCAAACUCCUCCUGAAGAAUCUAUACAUGUUAUAUUUCUUAAAAAUUUUCAAUCAAAAUUACUGACUCCGAAAAAUUUAAUUCUAUUCCAGUAAAAAAAAUCAAGGAAGACGUGGAGCGAAAAAUUUGUACAACAUCGGCGUAAAAAUUAUUGUAAUGUAUUGUUUUUUCAUCGAACGGUAUUUAUAAUAAAUUUUUCGCAAUUCAACAUA